AUGGCCGAAAUACACGAGGCAAACAUGGACACCGUGGAGGCGGUCUUCCGAACACCGAGUGCGCCGGGAGUGGCAUCUAUUAUCUUGCAGCCUCGAGCAGAAGUUGAUCUGGAAGAAGGUAUUGACAUCAUCUCUCUUAACAGAACCGCCGAGAUCGCGGCCAACGCGCCACGAUACCGCCGCAAGAGCUCAACAUUUAUCGAUGGCAUCCACGAUGUUCCUGAGGAUCAGGAUAUGGCACCGGCUCAACUCUACAGUACCAUGUCCGGCCGGCUGUUCCACUCUGGCCGCAUUGCCAUUGUCAUGGUUGGCCUUCCAGCUCGUGGCAAGACGUUGGGUGUCAAGACUCGCAUCUUUCACCUCGGUGACUACCGCCGCGCUACAGUAGGUAAGGGUGGUAUAGUCCCCGAGGAUUACUUCUUCCCCGACGCGUCUCCUCAGUCAGUCAUUCUUCGCCAGAAAAUCUUGAAGAAGUGUCGUGAGGACAUCUAUGCUUGGUUGAACCACGAGAAUGGCCAGGUCGCCAUUUACGAUGCUGUCAACCCCACUGCCGCUGGCCGUCGUGCGCUGGCUAAGGAGCUCGGGAAGCAUGACGUUCAGGUGAGAUGCAUCUUGAUCUCGUAUCCUAGGUGCCUAUCUAACAUUACACAGACACUCUUCAUCGAGUCUUACGUCGAUGAUGAGGGCAUAUUGCGCGAGAAUGCCCGCAAUGUCAAGAUCUCUUCUCCUGACUUCGCCGGCAUGGAUCCUGAUGAGGCGGCUAAGUUGUACCUGCGCCGUAUCGAUAUGAAGAUCCCUGUCUUUGAGACCAUGGACGAGAAGGAGCUCAACUACAUCAAGAUGAUCAACGCGGGCCAGAAGUUCUUUUACAACAAUGUCUCGUUUGGUUACCUCUCUCACCGCAUUGUUUUUUACCUUACCAACCUGCACAUCAAGUCGCGCACCACCUACUUUGUCCGCGCUGGCGUUACCACCGAAGAGGACUCGUACAAGGCCGACGCCCCUCUCUCUGAGGAAGGAAUCGCGUAUGCUGCCAGGAUGUCGGAGACCUUGCUGAAGCAUCGCGAGCAAGAGCGUGCUGCCCUUGUCGAGAGAGGCGGCCCUGAUGUCCCUCUUCGCCCCCUAUCUGUCUGGACUUCCACGCGUUGCCGAACCGUCCAGACUGCCGACUAUCUUAAGAAGAAGGGCUUCAAGGUCCGCCAGCGCUCACAGAUGAGCCAGAUCAACCCUGGCGUCUGCGAGAAGAUGUCGGAGCGUGCCAUCCGCCACAUCUAUCCCGAAGAAGUUGAGAAGCACGAGCUUGACCCCUACCACCAUAGAUACCCGCGGGCUGAGUCCUAUCACGACCUUGCUGUCCGUCUGGAGCCCAUCAUUCUCGAGCUGGAGCGCGAGCAGAGCGACCUUCUCAUCAUCGCCCACGAGUCGGUCCUCCGCGUGCUUUACGCCUACUUGAUGCACUGCGCGACGAUGGACAUUCCCGUCCUCAAGUUCCCCCGCGACGAGAUCAUCGAAAUCAUUCCUGCCGCCUACCAGAACGAGGCCAAGCGCAUCCACAUCCCCGGCAUCGACCCCAAGAUCACCCCCGGCUCUCCCGAGGACAUUCGCAUCCCUGUCCCCGGAAGCGGUCCCGCGAGCGGUAAUCUGUCGCCCAUGCCGGGUCUUUCAUCUCCGGCUGAGCCCGCCGAGCGCCCUCCCGAAAAGGUUAUCAACAAGGCUGCGGAGAUGGUCGCCGACCGACAGAACGACGAGGACUAG